CUCUCUCUCUCUCUCUCUCUCUCUCUCCAAAACCCUCUCUCUCUCUCUCUCUCUCUCUCUCUCUCUGCGUUCAAAAUCUGAGCAAUGAAGGUAGCGAAGCUAACGAAGCUCAAAUCAGCACUGAAGAAAUGGCCUUCCUUCACCAAGCUCGAUCGCACCAUUAGCUCUUCCACCUCCGUAACAGCCACAGACGACGGCGCCGCCACCGCCGCCGGAAACCUCCACCCCGUCUACGUCGGAAAAUCUCGCCGGCUGUACCUCGUGAGUACCGAAGUCAUUGAUCACCCUCUGUUCCAAGUCCUGGUCGACAAAUCGAACGGCUCUGAUGGGAUCACCGUCGCAUGUGAAGUCGUGCUCUUCGAUCACUUACUUUGGAUGUUGGAGAAUGCUGGCGCAGACGUGGCUUCGGUGGACGAGCUCGUAGAGUUCUAUAGCUACUGAUCAUGAUGAUUCUUCUAUUGGGCUGGUUGUGUGGGUGAUUAUAAUCCUCUGUAGUCAGGUUUAUAUGAAAUUGUAAAUGUUGGAGGUAGUUAUGAUGAGCGGUGAUGAUGAAGUUGAGGGAAGAUGUAGAUUAGAUCAGCGUUGGAAGAUUUAGACGGUGAGGAUUUAAGCUCACUAUGGCGGAUGAUUAAAUGUGUCAGGAAUUAGUUAUUUGAUUACCUAUUGUGAAGAUCAAUGCGUCUGAUUAUGGCUUCUUUUUCUUUUCAUUUGUUAGUUUAUUGAUUUUUUUUCAA